UAGCCAUCGCGCAUAAUUUUGUACAGAGAAUCGAUAAAUCGCGAAUUAGAAUGUGGACCACGUUUUUGGGAAAUCCGUCCCAGCGUGGAUCGGUACGAAAGCGAUCCGUACAUCGGUCCCGAUACGGUUAACGACGUCUGUUUGACGUAACCUCUUAAUAUUAAUAUUAUGUCAGUCAUACACGCUCGGACGUCUGCGCGUAUGACUGGUCAGAGGCGACGAUAACUCUUGGGGAUGAUCAAAAGUCCGUAAGAGUCCAAUGGCGGUGGCCGCGGUGCUCGUGCUCUGAAUUUCAAGCGAAUACAGACAGAUCCGCCUUGACGUGUCACUGUCCCUACCUCCGUUGUGUCUUUUUCAGCUUCGAACUCGCCGCGAGAAGCAACAGAAUCACCUAAAACCAAUCCUUCGGUUCAUUUAACACACAUUGGAUAGACUAUUCUUAAACUUUGACCUCCGUCCCUGAAGACAAGUAUUAACAGAGACAAGUACCAGCCAGAGUUCAAGCUGUCAGAAGAUGACCUCUCGAAGCCUCCAAGACAUUCCAUAGAAUAUUUUUGGAUGUCAGCGACUCCCAGGAGGGUGGAAAUUCGUGGAAGAAGGGGGUCGCGAAGAUCCACGGAGCGUGAAAGGGAGGAAUCGAAAUUCUGGAAACGUGAAUUCCCGUGAAAGUACGCUCACGGUUGAAGGGAUCAGCGGAAACCAUCGUCCUGGCUCGUUCCUUGGAUUGGCGUUUAUUUAUAGAACGAUUGAAAAUGUAUGAACCUCUGUUAUUCUAGCGUUAGAGAUCCUCUUAUCAGGCAUCGAUCUCAGUGAUUCACGAUCAGCGACCACCAUCGCUGAACAAGGAAAAGCGACAAACAUCCUCCGUAUCGUCGAUCAAAUUCUGGAGACAUUGACGUGUAUCGAAUCGUUUCGGAAUUAUUUGCAUAGUAAUAAGAGAAUUGUAUGGGAGAAAAACAUGCGAACGAUACCAAUCAUCCGCGGUGGCUAUCUUCUUGUACAGGUUUGAGGUUGAUGCAUGUGUGCAUCAAUGCGCACUGUAGGGUUAAACUCACUCGGAUCUUCAUUGACUUCCAUUGGUCAGGUUAAAGGUCAGGUUUUGAGGGGAUGUCCGUCUUAACUAACUGUUGUCUCUGCUGAAUGCACCCAAUGUCCUCUCAUCUCACCUAAGUGUUCUCCAGCCCGUAACCUCGGCAUCGAGUCCUCCUUGCCUCCAGUCGCGUUGUGUAACUCGAUCAGCCGAAUUCAGAGGAUCGACGGGGAUCGCAAUUAAUGCGUUCGAUUCAACGGGUGUCUACUCGCGUAUGAGGAUCACGUCUCGUUGAACGAGACGGACGUUUGCGUUACGACGAUCCUGUUGGGUACGAGGCAACCACCUGACAUGUCAUGGUGGGGGACCCAGAGGAUCCCGUAUCCCCGUUCCGCGCGUGGAUCCGACCGAUCCCGUCCCAUGCCCUGCGUCUACGUCGGCGACGUUCCCAUCCCCCUAGCUUCUGGUAUAAAAGCAAUCGCUGCUUCGACGAUAGCAGCAUCGCGCAAAAAGUUCGCCAGCCAGGUAGACCUUGGGUUAGGUAGUGCUUGGAUACCUCGUCGAUCACCGCUUACGGGAACACCCAGUGGAAACAGUGUCCUGAAACAGAAAUCUCUAACCGGAGGAUCAGUUUUUUCAAGUUGCACCUCUUCCUGAUCGAACACGUCCUUGGGUCUUCGGGGAUGACGCAGUGGAUGAGCCUCGUCCUCCUGGUCGUCGCGGCGAUCAUCGCCGUGGCGGAGUCCAGGGCUAUACCCGCAGAACCAAUUUCAGUGAUGCUGGACCCCUACGGCAACCCUAUAGUCUUCUUGCGUGAAAAGAGGACAGCCGUGCACCCCUAUCCCAAUAGGGCGAUGAUGUUCACCGGCUACUACAGACCAGUGCGACGCUCGAACGGUGGUCAAGCGACGGGCGUCUUCGCCCAAGGCAACGCCGUGAGCGGAGAGGCGGCCUUCUUCGGUGGCAUGCAGACGCCACACUUGAGGAACGGUCCAGAACCAAUUGAGGAGCAGGAGGUCUCCAGCGCGGAAGCUCAAGCAGCUCCAGGCUCAGAAGAGUCUUACAACUACAACCAACAGACUCCUGUGCAAGAAGAAGGCGGCUACCAGUCGGAAGAACCUCGUCCUCAGGAAGGAAACUAUCCUCAGGAGGAAGCCCAGUAUCCCCAAGAGGAACCACAACAUGGGGAAGAGGAUCAAAACCAUCACAAGGGCAGCUUGCCUCCUCAGGGUCAACCAGAGCCAGAGCCAGUCCCAGUGUACACCACCGAAGCGACUGUCGUGACUCCAGCUGAUGAGCCCGCGUACUCUACCCCAGGGACAUCUGCGAAUCGUCCGAAAGUGAAUCGUGGAAAGAAGCCCAAGAAGCCCCCAGUCGUGGUCGAGGACGACGAUGACGACGAUGACGACGACGACGAGGACGAAGAAGACGAUGACGAGCCCACCGUUCCCUUUGUGCCUUUCAAAGGAAACCGUCGCCGUCAGAAGUAUCCUAACUUAAACAACUACUUCCCAAUGGUGUUCAGCUUCCCUGGAGUGUCCACGCGAGCUGGAUCGUCGGGUUCUUUCCCUGGUGCUGUCACUGCGAUCGCCAACAGCUACUCCACUAGCAAAAGAGGUGUUGCCAGUUCUGUGGCGACCGCUUACGGGGGAGCUCCCAAUGGGAAAAAACGACGCCCACAAACGUCUGAGGAAUAAUCGAGGAGGCAUCUGAUGCAGACUGAUCGAAGGACACCACAAACGCCACGUCAUCGAUGCUGAAUCCAAGAAGAAACAGAAGGAGGAACAAACUUUCGCGUUCCUA